AAAGCUCCUUUAAAACUAGCCGUUACUCACAAAUCUCUCUCUCUCUCUCUCUCUCUCUCUCAUGGCAGCCUCAGUGGACACACCAUCACCUGGCCACCUCAACCAGGAGGGCAAAAGCUACAUGGGUUCGUCUCCUAUGUACAGUCCCUCCUCAGAUAAGCGCUUGUGGAGCACAUUACGCAGCCGGAUCGACACGCUUCUUGAGAGUCAUCCUCAAUCGAAUGGUGGAAAAUCGGACCGAGCUAAGCGAUUGAAGGAAGACUCAUUGCUUCUGAUGAGAGGGUUUGACUCAGUUUCCCACACACUUUCACAGCUAUCCAACAAUCUGGACAAUGCUCUCCAGGGAGCUAGAGAUCUAGCUAAACCACCCACAUUGACUGAAAUAUUCCAAAGCAAUCUGAAGAACCCAGAUAGUAAAGAGAAGGAUUCAGAAGAGCAUCAAAAUGAAGCAGAGAUGAAGAGUGGAUUGAAAAGAAAGUAUGAUCAUAGUCAUUGCUCAGAGGACAAAGAAGAAGAUGAUUCACAGAAAGCAAAUGAGGAAAGCCUCAAAGAUGGGAAGCUGAAGAAAGCCAAAAACAUUGCAAUUUCCAUGGCAACAAAAGCGGCUUCGUUUGCAAGAGAAUUGAAGUCAAUUAAGUCGGAUUUAGGUUUUAUGCAAGAGAGAUGUGAAUUGCUUGAGGAAGAGAAUAGGAGGCUCCGUGAUGGAUUUGCUAAAGGAAUAAGACCUGAGGAAGACGAUCUGGUGAGGCUUCAAUUGGAGGCAUUGCUUGCGGAAAAAUCCAGAUUAGCUUAUGAAAAUGCAACUCUAGUAAGGGAAAACCAGUGCCUUCACCAACUUGUAGAGUACCAUCAACAUACCUCCCAAGAUCUCUCUGCAUCAUAUGAACAAUUCAUACAGGGAAUGUGCUUAGACUUCUCGUCUCCAACGCCGCCCAAAAGAGAUGCUGAUGACAAAGUCCCUCAAACACCUCAAGCCGAUCUUUUCAGCUUCUCCACUACUCUCGAAGAGUGCGAUCACCAAAGGCAGUAGUAGUAGGCAGAUGACGAGUGUCAUUGUAUUAAAAGUAAAGAAUAAAUAUUUAAUUUUUUGAUUAAAUCCAGUCUUAUCUUUUGAAAUCCGUAAUUCAGUCUUGUAAACCUGAAGGAUCACUUGAG